AUGAUUUCCAAGAUCGUCAUAGCCCUACAUGUUGUCUUGACACUAGUCGUACUCGCAGUAACCGUCAGGACUCUACAGGAUGAAGCGAAUGAGAAGAAGGGAGUAGUGCAGGUUCUGCUACAUGAACAAGCAAAGCGCUUCGUUCAGGUUCCUGACUUGGUCGGGUCCAUCGCCACGGCGGUGCAAAGUGCCGCAGCCGGCGUGGUCACUGCCGCGGUCGCAUCAGGCGAGUCCUUGGUCGCCGCCAGUCUACCGUCUAGCAUAUCAGUGGGCACCAAAUACGCGUGCGUGGCUUCAGAAUGCGCCGCGAUUCCUGGCCACGCCUUUCGUCUGAUGCAAGACCUGGCCCCGUUUGUCCCUUCGUCCGAGGAGAUCGAACAGCUGCAGAAGCUGGUAGAUAAAUGCCCUAACCUGGAGACCGUUUUGUUCGCCGGGCUCGGCUUGGUUUUGGUGUCGACUACACUGCUACUUGCCGGGCUCAAGUUCAGGCUGCUUCGCUUCGUAUCGCUGGGGCUGGACGUUGUCGCCGCCGUCGUCUUCGCGGUGGUCACGGCCUAUACGGUCUCUCUCUACAAGACAUCUCAGGCUGUGGCAGGCCUGCUUGGAGUCGAAGCGAGCAAGGGAGACGUUUUUGGAGCAUCUAUCGCAGACUUGACCCUGUGUCUGAUUAUGACUGCGCUCGCUAUCGCGCAGACUGUACUGUAG